AAGAUGAGUUUGAUUCAGUCGACCCAGGAGGCCAAACUGGAGGCCCUGCAGUGUCACUUCACCUGGGAUCUGGACCCCAGCAGGUCCAAACUGUUCCGUGUCAGGGACAAGCUGGAGGACAUUGGCACUGAGGAAGGAUACAGCUGGCUGGGUCACAUUUACAACCUGCAGGGGUACAUUCACUGCCAGCUGGGGUUCACAGAUGAUGCCUGGCGUUUCUUCAGCAGGGCUGCAGAGGCCUUCCGCCAGAUGAGAAACACCGUCUCAGAUGAGGGUCCCUGGUUAGUGGUGAACUACGGGAACCUGGCUUGGCUGCACCACCACCUGGGAGAACAACGAGAGAGUCAGGCUUACCUGUCAAAGGUCGACGCCCUGAUGAAUGAAUACCCGUCUCCAUUCCAGGACGAGCCCCAUCCGGAGAUCUACGCCGAAAAAGCCUGGACCCUGAUGAAGUUCAGCGGGGACAAACAGCUGCUGGCUGCAGAUUGCUUCCGGAGAGCCAUCAGGAUGCAGCCGGACAUGGUGGAGUGGCACACCAGCCACGUCAUUGGGUUAGUCAGAGCUUCUAACCGACAUAACAAAGAGCUGGAGGAUGGCGUCUUGGAGAAAAUGAAAAUCGCCAAGGAACACGAUCCAGAGAACUUGUACCUUGCUGCUCUCUACCUUGAGGCGUGCGCUAAGAAAGGACAAAAAGUGCAAGAUGAAGCACGUGCGUUAGCCAGAAGGGUUUUGAGAAAGCCCGUCAGCAGCUACAGCGGACUCAAACCAUUACUCAGGCUGUACAGAAUCUAUGUCUCUAUGGAUGAGGCUAUUGAUUUGGCAGAGGAGGUGCUGGAGAGACAUCCAGAUGAACGUUAUCUGAAGAGGUGUGCCGCAAUCUGCUACAAGAUGAGGAUGUUUCUGCACAGGGACAAUCCCCUGGAGCACAGCAUGGUCAACAGAGCAAUCAUGCUCUGUAAAGAAGUGAUCUCCCUCUACCCACGUUCUUCACUUAAAAGAAAAAUAGCCCUUGCAAGCAUAUACGGACAGUCGGAUCACCAAGCUGAAGGUGACCAGAUAUACGAGGAACUGCUAGAGAGUGAUCUGGAUCCUGAAGGGCUGCAGAUGCUUUACAACUACUAUGCAAAAUAUGUAAAUUACAUUCAAAAGGAGAGCUACAAGUCAAUAGAAUAUCACAUGAGAGCAGCAGAGAUACCGAUAAACUCUUUCUAUCGUGAGAGUAGCAUCAGAAUUCUGGAGAGGAUUAAAGACAGAAACAGAAACCGAAUGUGUGGAGAAAUUGAGACGUUUCUGGCAAACCUGCAAGACUAA